AUGGAGGAAGUGGGCGCCGCGGAGACUUAUCGCCUGUUAUUGAGUGAUCUUCGGGCGAGAGGCGAGGGCAGAAUGGGCGGCCGAGGAGCUGGAGAUUUACAAAGGGCGGAGGCGCGGAGCCCCAUGAGUGCGUGCGAUAAGAUGCGUCCCCCAGCGUCCCCCAGCGUCCUCCAGCGUCCUCCAGCGUCCUCCAGCCUCCCCCAGCGUCCCCCUGCGUCCCCCAGCGUCCUCCAGCCUCCCCCAGCGUCCUCCAGCGUCCUCCAGAGUCCUCCAGCGUCCCCCAGCCUCCCCCAGCCUCCCCCAGCGUCCCCCUGCGUCCCCCAGCGUCCCCCAGCGUCCCCCAGCGUCCUCCAGCGUCCCCCAGCGUCCUCCAGCGUCCCCCAGCGUCCUCCAGCGUCCUCCAGCGUCCCCCAGCGUCCUCUAGCCUCCCCCAGCGUCCUCCAGCGUCCCCUAGCGUCCCCCUGUGUCCCCCAGCGUCCUCCAGCGUCCCCCAGAGUCCUCCAGCCUCCCCCAGCCUCCCCCAGCUUCCCCCAGCGUCCCCCAGCGUCCCCCAGCGUCCUCCAGCGUCCUCCUGCGUCCCCCAGCGUCCUCCAGCCUCCCCCAGCGUCCUCCAGCGUCCCCCUGCGUCCCCCAGCGUUCUCCAGCGUCCCCCAGAGUCCUCCAGCCUCCCCCAGCCUCCCCCAGCUUCCCCCAGCGUCCCCCAGCGUCCCCCAGCGUCCUCCAGCGUCCCCCAGCGUCCUCCAGCGUCCCCCUGCGUCCCCCAGCGUCCUCCAGCCUCCCCCAGCGUCCUCAAGCGUCCCCCAGAGUCCUCCAGCCUCCCCCAGCUUCCCCCAGCGUCCUCCAGCGUCCCCCAGCGUCCUCCAGCGUCCCCCAGCGUCCUCCAGCCUCCCCCAGCCUCCCCCAGCGUCCCCCAGCGUCCCCCUGCGUCCCCCAGCGUCCUCCAGUGUCCUCCAGCGUCCUCCAGCGUCCCUCAGCGUCCUCUAG